UUUUUUCCAUUUUUUGCAUUAAUUAUUAGAUUUUCCUUGAAUAUCUUUCUUUUUUUGUAAUGGCAGCCUUCUCCUCUUUCCCUUAUUUCUCCUUUUUACCCUAACUAGAGGUGUCUUCCCGGCAUAAAGCUUCUCUUAUUAGAACAGUCUCUCCUCAGCCCCAUUCUCUCUCACUCUCUUUUUGGCUUUAUUGUACGCAAAGCUUUCACCUUAUGAAUUGAGUAGUUUCUUUUGGGGUUCUAUAAUAACUCACUUUUUAGGCCCCUCUCUUGAAAAUGCCAGAAAAUCUUGACUGUUCAGCCUCAAAUCUUCUCUGUUCAGAGAACACAAGGUCUUGCUUUGAUGAUGAUCUUGAUUUUAAUGCCAUAAAUGAGUUUGGGGCUUCCCCUGCUUGUGACCACCACCUUAAAAACCAAAUCUUUAAUCAACAAGACCCUUUUAUUAUACACAACAGAUCAACUUCUUUGAUGGGUAUUUCUGGUUUUGCAAUACAAACUGAUGAUAGAAUCAAAGAAAUGGUUGAAAAAGAGAUGGAGCAUUUGCCUGGAGAUGAUUAUCUUAAGAGACUGAGAAGUGGGGAUUUGGAUUUGAGUGUUAGGAGAGAGGCUCUUGAUUGGAUUUGGAAGGCCUUUGCUUUUUACCGUUUUGGACCAUUGAGUCUUUGCCUAUCAAUUAAUUACUUGGAUCGGUUCCUAUCAGUUUAUGACUUACCCAGAGGUAAAACAUGGACUGUGCAACUGCUGGCUGUAGCUUGUUUAUCAAUUGCCUCCAAAAUGGAGGAGACAAAGGUGCCGCUGUCUGUAGAUUUGCAGGUGGGAGAACCAAAGUUUGUCUUUCAAGCUAAAACGAUACAGAGAAUGGAGCUCUUGGUUUUAAGCACAUUGAAGUGGAAAAUGCAAGUUCUUACUCCUUGCUCCUUCAUUGACUACUUCCUGGGUAAAAUUUGUAAUGAUCAAUAUCUAUCAUCAACUUCAAUGUCUAGAGCAUUACAACUGAUAUUGAGCACAAUCAGAGGUAUUGACUUCUUGGAGUUCAGACCUUCUGAAAUUGCUGCAGCAGUGGCAAUUUCUGUUUUAGGAGAAAUGCAAACAUUAGCCAUUGAGAAGGCAAUUUCAUCUUUCAUCUUUGUAGAAAAGGGUAAAGUGUUGAAGUGUGUUGAACUGAUGAAAGAUUUGUCAUUGAUUAAUGGGUCUGCUGCUACUGCUAAUGCUAAUGUGGCAACUCACCCAUCAGCUUCCUAUGUGCCUCAAAGCCCCAUUGGGGUGUUGGAUGCUGCUGCAUGCUUGAGCUAUAAAAGUGAUGAAAUAACAGUUGGGUCAUGUGCAAAUUCUUCGCAUUCUAGACCAGACAUUAAAAGGAGGAAACAAGACAACAACAAACCUUCCCAACUGGUUUUCAAGUCAUGAGAUCUGAAUUGUCCUUCCCUUUCACACCCUUUUUAGUCCAAUAUCAAUUUGGUUGAAUGGGAACUUUGGUGUGGUUUUGGAGCACAAAGAGAGAGUGAGAAAUGGGAAAUACAAAGAAAUAAAUUUUUAAGGUGAAAAAUGAUUUCGAGUUCUUCAAUGCUAAAAGCAUGAACACAAGGAAAAAAAGUUGUCACCAGCUGUUCAUAUAAAUCAAGAACCCUCAACUACAGCUAUACAUAUCACUGGCAGAAGAAGUGGAAGGUGGUGCUGUUUUAGUCUUUUAGAAGGAAACAAUACAGGGUUUUUUUUUUAAAUUACUAUUAUUAAUUUGUUGUAGCUUCCAACUAUA